GUCUGUGUGUGUCUGUGUGAGUGUGUGUGUGUGUGUUGAGAGAGGCAGGCAGGCAGCUCUGCAUCUUUCAUUCCCAGCUCUCUCUGGAUACCAUCUCUGGCUUUUGCUGGGAGGGUGGGGUGGGGGGAAGAAGGGACUCUCUUCCCCCUUUGCUGCAAGUGUAUCAGUUCCAUUCCGGUGGAUUUGUGCUGUGUUUGCGUGCGUGUGGAGGGGAAGAGCACAGUGGAUUCUCUAGGAGCACGACAAUCUGGGGGUAACCCCAGGGAAGAAGGUGUGCACUGGGCAAAGGAGGGGUGGGAUUUUUCUGGAUCCAGCGGCGAUUUGACUUUUUCCUCAGGGAGGGGGGGUUGCCCUUCAUCUGGAGGGCUCAUUUUUUCCUCCCUCCCCCCGGGCAUUCCGCCCUCUCCUGAUGCCGUUUCUCACACGAAAGGGCCGGCUCCCUGUGGAAGGCAUGGCAUGAACUGAGGCGGCCGCGGCUGGAGAGUAACGUUGGAAGAUGUCGAACCAGACUAACGGUGAGACUAAACCCCCAUGCUUACCCCGGAACGGACUAGUGAAGAUCCCGGCCCAGGCCAAUGGACUCGGCUCCGCCAGCAUCACCAAAGGGACGCCUGCGAUGAAAAACCGCUUGUGCCAGCCUUCUUCUGUGCCUGCCAUCAUCAGUCCAGCCUUAGCCAAUCACAGUGACUUGCCCAUCCCCAGCCUGGCUUCGCCGUUAUCCUUGGCCAUGCUAUCUGGGGUGCCAUCACCUUCUGGAGCUGCUGUGGUGGGACUCCACUCCAGUGAGAUCUCCCCAACCAACGGAGAAGUCUCUUCCCUAGAGGGGCUCCCCAAUUCUCCCACUGAGAGGCAGCUGGCCGUGGAUGAGAAAAUCCUCAACCGUCUCUUUUGGUACUUUUCCGCCUGCGAGAAGUGUGUCCUGGCCCAGGUGUGUAAAGCGUGGAGGAGGGUCUUGUACCAGCCCAAGUUCUGGGUGGGCCUGACGCCGGUGCUUCACACCAAAGAGCUCUACAACAUCCUGCCCAGUGGAGAUAAAGAGUUCGUCAACCUCCAAGGGUUCGCCAUCAGGGGCUUUGACGGCUUCUGCCUGGUCGGAGUCUCUGACCUGGACAUUUGCGAAUUCAUCGAUAACUAUCCUUUGUCUAAGAAAGGGGUGAAGUCCAUGAGCCUUAAGAGAUCGACCAUCACAGACGCAGGCCUUGAGGUGAUGCUAGAACAGAUGCAGGGUGUGAUGCGGCUGGAACUGUCCGGGUGCAACGACUUCACCGAGGCGGGGCUGUGGUCCAGCCUGAAUGCCCGCAUCACAUCCCUGAGCGUCAGCGACUGCAUCAACGUGGCCGACGACGCUAUCGCCGCCAUCUCCCAGCUGCUGCCCAACCUGACCGAGCUGAACCUGCAGGCCUACCACGUGACGGACACAGCCCUGGCCUACUUCACCGCCAAGCAGGGCUACACGACCCACACGCUCCGCCUCAACUCCUGCUGGGAGAUCACAAACCACGGGGUGGUCAACAUGGUGCACAGCCUCCCCAACCUGAGCGCCCUCAGCCUCUCUGGCUGCUCCAAGGUGACGGACGACGGGGUGGAGCUGGUGGCAGAGAACCUCCGCAAACUCCGCAGCCUGGAUCUGUCGUGGUGCCCUCGGAUCACGGACAUGGCACUGGAGUAUAUUGCCUGCGACCUGCACAAAUUGGAGGAACUGGUGCUUGACAGGUGCGUACGAAUCACCGAUACCGGACUCAGCUACCUGUCCACAAUGUCCUCCUUAAGGAAUUUAUAUCUCCGCUGGUGCUGUCAGGUUCAGGAUUUUGGCCUGAAGCAUCUGCUGGGAAUGAGAAGUUUACGUCUUCUGUCUCUUGCUGGUUGUCCUCUGCUGACCACCACUGGACUUUCUGGCCUUGUUCAACUUCAAGACCUGGAGGAACUGGAGCUCACCAAUUGUCCUGGGGCCACCCCUGAGCUCUUCAAGUAUUUUUCCCAACAUCUGCCGCGUUGCAUGGUGAUUGAAUAAGCAGCUCCUCGGAAGAAUUUGACCAACUCCUGGAGCCAGGUCCUCCAAUCCCAACCCAGCACUGACCAACCAAUCAGAGUCAUGGUUUUAUUUAUUCAUUUAAUAUAUAUAAAUAUAUAUAUAUAUAUAGAAUUAUUAUUAUUAUUUUCCGGGAGAGAUGCUGUGACUUUAAACAGACACUCACACAAAGACAGGCAAACACAGUGCAUACCGAACAACAAGAGAAGAGUGUGAUCUUUUUUUGAACGAAAAAAAAAAACAGCGCCGCGGAGGUUUUUUCCUUCGGUGAGCGUCUCUCGCGUUCACCUCAAUCUGUCGCAUAGCAGUGAAAACUUGGAAGAAUCCCUUCUCGAGUUUGUAAAAUCCCUAUGCCUUCAUCAUCUCCCGUCUUCCUCAUAGUGAACUGUCCUGAAAUCUUUAAUUUUUGAAAAAAUAAAACGAAAAAAAAAAAACCACGUACAAAGAACCAAAACCAAAUG